AUGAGUCCUGGCGAAAUAAUUAGUAUUCAGGUGACGAAACAACAAGGAUUCUAUGCUCCACUAACACCAUCAGGCACGAUAGUUGUUAAUAAAAUCCUUGCAUCAAAUUAUGCUACAGUAAGCAAUCACGUUCUAGCACAUCAGAUGAUGGGUAUCUACCGAUGGUGGAUCAGUUUGGUUGGUGGAUCUCAAUCAACAGAACGAAUUCCAUGGAUUUUGCAAGUUAUGCAGAGUGUAGAGAAAAUGAUACGAUGGUGUGGUCGUCUAAUAUUAACAGGUAUUGAUAUAUAUGGUGACACACUCUGA